AUGACAAUUUUUACGUGGGCUUUAGACCUAUGCGACCUAAAUGCGUACGGGUUGCUUUGCUGUUUGAAGAAGCCCGAUCCACCUGGAAUGUCAAUGCGUGAGUUCAAGCGAAGAAUCGUGGAAAGACUGACACACCAGGAAUGCUCGCGUCGAAACGAGACGGAUUCUGUUGACACAACGUCUAGCUCGACGGCCGAGCCUGUCGCUAAUGUUAUGGCGAGUGGAACAUCUUGUAAUAGAGUGUCGGCGACGCCGACCGGUGAUGACGACGUGCGGGUUGAAGUGUGGAGGUCGCUGUCGGGUGGUAACGACGAGUGCCUGAAGUACGAAGAUCACCACGCGGCGAAUGGUCGGUAA